AAGCAGGAAGAGAUGGCCGCAGGGGAGACUCAGCUCUACGCGAAGGUUUUCAACAAGCUCCGGGGCCGCAGCGUCCCCUCGCUCCUGGAGCCCCUCCUGGGGAUGGGCUUCCCGGCGCACACCGCGCUAAAGGCGUUGGCAGCUACUGGAAGGAAGACUGUGGAGGAGGCCUCAGACUGGCUGCACUCCCACUGCAAUGACCCUUCUCUCGACGACCCCAUCCCCCAGGAAUACGCCCUUUUCCUCUGCCCCACGGGGUCCCUGCUGGAAAAACUCCAAGAGUUCUGGAGAGAGAGCAAGCGGCAGUGCGCGAAGAACAGAGCACACGAGGUCUUCCCUCACAUAACGCUCUGUGACUUCUUCACGUGCGAAGACCAGAAGGUGGAGUGUCUGUACGAGGCACUGAAGCGAGCCGGGGACCGGGUCCUGGGGACCUUCCCUGCGGCUGUGCCCCUGGUUCUCCACUCCUCCAUCAGCUACCUGGGCUUCUUCGUGAGCGACGGCCCCGCAGACAUCAUCCGGGAAUUUGCCGUGAUGUUCGCCUCGGAAGCCUCAUCCUUGGCAGACUGCACCGUGAAGCCUUGCACCAAGCAGCUGCAUCUGACCCUGGCCCACAAGUUCUACCCCCACCACCAGAGGACGCUAGAGCAGCUGGCCAGAGCCAUCCCCCCGGGCCACAGCUGCCAGUGGACCGCCGCGCUCUACUCCCGGGACAUGCGCUUCGUACACUACCAGACCCUGAGGGUCCUGUACCAGUACAACCCCCAGAACGUGGAUGAGCUGAUGCUGAGUCCCGGCGACCACAUCUUCGUGGACCCCACUCAGCAGGAGGAAGCCAGCGAGGGCUGGGUGAUUGGGACCUCGCAGCGGACUGGCUGCCGGGGCUUCCUGCCCGAGAACUACACGGAGCGGGUCAGCGAGUGUGACACGUGGGUGAAGCACAGGACGUACACCUUCAGUCUGGCCGCGGACCUGAGCUCCAGAAAGGACGGCGAAGCCAGCGGCAGACGAAAUGGGGAGCCUCACCCUCCGCCCACGUCCUGGAGCGUCUGCAGCCUGCAGUCCCUACAGGCCACGGCAGCGAGGAAGAGCAUUUUGGUGGUGCGCCACGGUGAGAGACUGGACCAAAUCUUCGGGAAGUCGUGGCUGCAGCAGUGUUCCACUCUGGACGGUAGGUGGAGUUCUGGCAGAACCCAGACACAGAAAUUAGACAAAUUUAACAGAUGAGAUUGCAUCUCAGUGUUCCUAGCCAGAGCCCCCGGGGCACCGUUCUUCAGAGUGGCCGCGCAUGGACCGUCUGUGCGCCCCGCCUUGCCCCUGGCGCCACACAUACGCAUUCGAGUGUGGAUGCAGUCUGUAAGUAUCUUAAUGCUUUGCAGGAGAUGGAGGAAUGGUUUCAAGAUUAAGCAGGUCUGCUGGUGUGACGCACGGGCAGCCUUGUGUGUCCGGGCGGCUGGCAGGUGGAUGCGGCGUUGACCUGAGAGCGGGUCGCUCUGACCCACAGCCUCGGACCCCUCAGCUGC